AUGGCAAUUAAAGCUAGGCUAUGUUUCACCUUGCCUGGUUGCUUUGUCCUUUCCGAUCAAGUAGAUCAAAUACGAACAUGGGUUCAUGAUGAGGAUCAAAAGAAAAAGAACAAAGAAAAUCAACUUUGGCCUUUAUUCUUCUUUACUGAUGAAGUAUUCUCUCUGAGAGAUCUUUUCCCUGCAUCCAGUCUCACAUACACGAAGGUGGAGACUAGGACCACAUGA